CAGCCACACCCACAGUGUUGUGCCGCUGCAGCGUAGGAGGAGACGUGGGCCCUCUGUGGGACACGCAGGACACACAGGACCGGACCCUCGCGGAUUUCCACACAAUGCUGCCGUGUUCCAACUUUCAUUUUACACGCAGAAAGUUUCAUUUAAGCAGAAACAUUUAAGAGCACGACCACUCCGCGUGGAUUUUAUUGGAUAAUUUCAGUUUCCCCCGUUUUCUUCAUUGAGAAUUCCUCCUUUUAACUGCCGACGGCUUCUGGACCCAAGAUGUUGACCAGUUUGUCUCCGGACUGGCUGAACUCGGAGCCGUUCAUGUUUGAGGACGUGCAGAGCCUGAUGGAGAUGGACUACCCCACCUCGCCGCCGUACUACCCCCCAACGCCGCCGCGCUCCCCCCCUUUGAAACCGGGCCAGGCCAAGCCGCUGUCCAAGGAGGACCAGCUCAGCUUCAUGUCCGACAUCCUGCUGGAGGACCAGGACCUCCAGCUGCUCAACUGGACCUGCGAUCUGUUCGGCUCCGCCGAGCGCGACGGCGACCCCCGGACGCCCCCGGACGAGGCGGCCGACGACGCCCUGUGGCACUGCAUUUCGGAGAAGCUGGAUGAGAAGCUGUCGGUGCUGGGCUCCAGCCCGCUGCUGUCCGCCAUCGACACCAGCAUCUUCGAGGACCUGGUGGGCUCCACGCUGGACUGCCACGACCUGAUGGCGGCCGCGCCGGAGCAGCGCCAGGCGCCGGACCAGGUGGCCCCAGAGGUCACGUCAGACUACGGCUCGGCCGGCGGGGAGACCUCCACGUCUUCUAGCGACUCCGAAGAAGAAAUCGAUGUGGAGUCGCUGGAGUCCGUGGGCUCGUCCAACCCGUCGCCUGCAGCGCCGGCCGCCCGCCGCCUCAACCCGGAGGAGGAGCAGCGCGCCAUCCAGCUGCAGCACAACUACGCCGCUCCGCGCCCCGCCUCGCCGCCGCCGUCCGCCCACAAGCGUUGGCGAGGCGCCGACAGCUCGUCGCGGACGCAUCACGCCACCGGCAGCUCCAGCUCGCCCUCUUCCUCCUCUUCUUCCAGAAGCUCGUCGGAGGACGAGGAGGAGCGGCGGCGGACUCACAACGUCAUGGAGCGCCAGCGGCGCAACGAGCUGAAGAACUGCUUCCUGCGCCUGCGGGACAAGGUGCCGGAGCUUUCGCACAACGACAAGGCGUCCAAGGUGGUGAUCCUGAAGAAGGCGCGGGACUGCAUCUACGGCCUGGAGGUCGAGAGUCUGCGGCUGCGGUCGCGCAGGGACCGGCUGCGCGCCAAGCAGGAGGAGCUGAAGGCCCGGCUGGAGCAGCUGCGCAGAUAAUGCAGCGGGCCGGGGGGCUGCAGCGCCGCAGACUGAGACGCACACAGACAGAACCGUCUCUGCUGUCUUUUCCCCCUCCGGACGCCAAAUUGGAGCUCGGUCUUCCCAGGGAAACUUGAAUGUUUCAGGAUGUCUUGCGGCGCCCCAGUCGGGCCGGUUCCAGGAGAAACCCAGUGACUCAAACUCAACAUUUGUGUUAAAGCGACGAACUGGACGGCCGGUUUCCCCUGUAUGAUGGAAAAGACGUUUUCUACGCAGAGGUCCUCCUCGUCAGGUUUUAUCAGGCUUCAGCAGGUUCUAGUUGGUUGGUCCUGAAGAUCCAGUUAAUUUAAAACUAGUUGCCUUCUGUGUGUCAUGAACUGUUCGGUUAAAAGGAAUGUUCAGCUGCAGCGGCGGGUGUUAACCAGAAGGCAGGGAUUUGAGUUUAUUUUUGUUCCUCUACAUAAAUGUUCACACACCUACCUCCACCUGGCUGCAGUUAGGUCUUUCCUUUUAUUGUACAUAUUUGUAAAAGUUUUUUAUUGAAAAUAAAUUAUUUUGGUA